AUGGAAACAGUGUUAGUUUACACUAAGUAUGGAAAUGCUAGCGGAUACAAGCGUACAUAUAAGCGAUACGUACGUGAUGCGCAUACGCAAUACAACCGUCUUGCAGAAAUCGAUAUCGAUGUAUUUAGACGAGAUAAUUGCAUAGCAGUAGAAGAAGCGAGAGAUAGUGAAGAAAGGAGAAAUAUGAAAUGGUUUGAGGGUGGAAUAGCUGAAGCAAUUGCUGUAAGUCGUCAACAGAAUGCACUCUUCAUUGUUAAUAUUCAACAGCCACCAGAGAAUAAAGAUGAACAAAGUAUGCGAAUGGCACAACUUUGGGAUAGUAUUGAUAACAAUAUUUGUCAACCGGCUUUGGUCGGAAUACGUAUUUUCCAAGGGACGGAGACGGCAAAGCAAUUUGCCCAGAUAUAUCCCGUGUUUAUUGUGCCAGCAUCGUAUAUUAUUGACUUGAAAGGAAAGCCUCUGGAUGUCAUCACAAUCAGUGAAGAACUGAAUGAAGAUAUCUUCGCACAAAGACUUAAGAUUGCUAUGAAGGCAACUAAUAAAUCAAAUGAAGAAGAGACAGAAAGAAAAGAAUCUACAGCUGUCGGCAUGGAUGAAAAGAUAAAGAAGGCACGUGAACUGCUUGAAAAGAAACGUGAAGAAGAUGGAGUUAUGAAAAAAAAUGAAGAAAAUCACAAAGAGAUCGAAAGGAGGAAUUUAGGCAAAUUAAUGCUAGAAGCCAAAGUUGGUAAUAGGCUCAAUAUCUUUAGUAGUGAAUUACAUUCUUACCUGUUGGAGGCCUCACAUGAGGAACGCGAGAGACGCGAGAUGAUAGAACAAAAGAAUCGCGAAAAACGUGAACAAGAAGCUUACCUGAAGAAACUUCGUGAGCAGAUUAAGGCAGACAAAGAAGAACGAAUGAAUGGAAUAUUGGGUAAUGUUAUGGAACAGAAGCAGAAAGCAAAGUCUGCAGAACAUCAGACUGAAAUGCAGUCUUCAAUUCCAGACAAUGCUGGAUGUCGCAUUCAAUGCAAAUUUUCUGAUGGCUCCACUUUGGUACAUCAAUUUGCUUCUACAGAUAUCUUUUCUCAGCUUGUAGAAAUAAUCAAGAAGGAUGGACGUCAAGGUGAUGAUUUCUAUAUAGUGCAAAUGUAUCCAAGGCGAGAGUUUCCUGAUAUCACACAAACAUUUGCUGAAUUGGGUUUAACGCCAUCUGCGACUGUCCUCGUACUUUCUAAACGCAAGCGAACAAUGACUACUUAUGGUAGUUCUAGAUGGAUCGGAUUACUUCACUAUGCUAUUGCAGCUCCAUUUCAAGCUUUAUAUCGUAUUCUGCUUUACAUAGUUGGUUAUAACGGACCUACAUCGCCGAAACAAACUGAAACAGCUAAAUCCAGUAAUACCUCUGCCACUGUACCGAGUAAAGUUCGCAGAUCGAAAAAAAGUGGUGGACAUCACCGAGACCAUGAAGGUAACUUUCGAAGAUUCCAUAACGAAGAGGAUUCUUCACAUUCAGAUGACGAAGCCAGGUGGAAUGGUAAUUCAACUCAACAACUAUGA